AUGUCAACUAUCCUGCAGAUCAAUGGCUCCAAGUCUUCAGAUGUUAACUAUCCUGCAGAUCAAUGGCUCCAAGUCUUCACGGAAAGCCAAGGAAACGUUGGUGCAGCAAACGUUGGGGCAGGUGUUUACUCUGAACUCUUCUCUUUCUACGCAACAGGGGGACACAAUAGAACCGCUUUCGAAGGAGAAAAGGAUGCCAUUAAGAUUGCGCUAGGCCAAUUAUUUUGCCCGGGUACGAAAUUCAACAAAGCCAUAAUUCUUUCGGACUCGCAAUCAGCGAUAAACUCAAUUGGAAACAGAGAGCCACCCAAAACAACUGAGAUAUACGAAUGUAAAAAACUCUAUGAGCUGCUGAGAGAGAAAAACAAAACAGUGGUCCUACAAUGGAUUCCUGGUCACUGUGGCAUUAAAGGCAAUGAGCUUGCUGACGCACUUGCUAAGAAGGGGAUAACGAUUUUGCAUUGCAUGUACCGGCCGAUGUCUUUCCACACAAUGAAGACCUUAAUCAGAAGAGAAUUCAAGACCUCAAGGUGCAACGAACUUGAAGCUCGAACAAAGGAGAAACAGUGGACGGUGGCACUCUCCGACAUAACCGACUGGCCAAGAAUCGAAGCCGUUGCUGAGUUUAGACUACGUACUGGGCAUGAUUGCCUGGCGAAGCACCUUUACAGUAUAGGCAUAUAUGCUCAACCAACAUGCCCCCUAUGUGACCUACAGGAGGGAAUGGAGAAGACUCGCCUGUUUCGGUGUCCAGUCCUAAAGAUUAUGACAGAAACCCAGAUAUACUUGAAAGCCAGAAGACAACUAACGAACUACUGUUAA